AUGGCUCAGUGGUUAGAGCUCGAAUUUACUGACCGGAAGAUCCGUGGUUCGAGUCCGACCACUGCCUCUCGAUUUCUCCCGUCUAGUCUUGGGCAACCUGGCUGUAUUCCAACACUCAUGCUUCGUUCUGGUGGCAUGGCAGCUGGGCACCGAAAGGGUGCUACAGCUGAACGAUUAUUUUCAAUAAAAUUUCUCUUAUCUCGACGAUAUCCAGUGUUCACUGAGUUGCGCUGUAACGCCUUUUCGGAGUUCAGCUGGCAUCCUAUCCGAAGGAAGCACGAGGGAUGGGAUACUGCCAGGUCGCCCAAGCCUAGACAGGAAAAGUCGAGAGACAGGGGUCUGACCCGAACCACAGACCUUCCGGACAUGUUCCACGACGAAGCGGAAGUGGAUGAAGAGGAAGAGGAAGAAGAUGAUGAGUACCAAGACGAAGACGAAUUAAUCGGCCCAGAAGAUGAAGAAGCGCUUGAUGCUGUUCCAGCGGCUCGUGAACUGGACUCACGCCGUCGAAUUCGGGAAAUAAUGGACCAAGAUGAAGAGGAGAUUGAGCGGUAUUAUCAAGAGCGUUAUGAGUCGCAGAACUAUGUCGAUCGAUUUGGGGACGGUGAAGCGAUGGCCGACAGCAUUAUCCAGAAGGAACGUCUUCCUGGCAUAAAAGACCCAAAUUUGUGGGCGUUGCGGUGUAAAAUGGGCGAAGAGAAGGCAACAGUGUUGGCAUUGAUGAGAAAGUUCAUCGCGUACCAAUACUCAGACACACCUUUACAAAUUAAAUCAGCGUUUGCAAAAGAAGGCUUAAAGGGUUACAUUUACGUCGAGGCUUUCAAGCAGACACAUGUGAAACAAGCAAUAGAGGGCAUAACCGCACUGCGGCUAUCGCAAUACAAGCAGCAACUAGUCCCAAUAAGCGAAAUGACAGAAGUUAUGCGAGUGGUAAAGGAAUCUGGCCAGCUUAAAGCCGAUCAAUGGGUUCGUGUCAAAUCAGGACUUUACCGAGAUGACCUUGCUUUGGUGGAAUAUGUAGAAGACGCGCAAAAUCUGGUCUCUCUCAAACUAAUCCCGCGCAUUGACUAUGAUCGCAGAAGGUCACGCGCAACGGCCGAAGAAGAAGAUUCGAAUAAAACGCAACGCUUCAGACGACCUCCUCAGGCAUUGUUUGCCCCGAAUAAAGCACUCGACCGCAUUCAACGCGAUGGUUCGUGGACUAUCUUUGAGGGCAACCGGUACGACUCAGAUGGUUUCCUUCAUAAACAGUUCCGAAUCAGCGCUGUGGUCAUUGAGGGGAUUCGACCCACGCUUGCCGAACUUGAGCGAUUCCACCAAACGCCAGACAGCUUGCAGCUGGCAGCGGUGGCGGCAACAGCGGUCGCUGCAGCAGGCAAUGUCCCAGUUACGGAUUCGACCAUCACUCACUGCUUCACACCAGGUGAUGUGGUGGAGGUUUGUGAAGGAGAUUUGAAGAAUUUGCGUGGAAGAGUGGUCUCGAUUGAAGGAAAUAAUCGAAUAGUUGUGCAGCCCAAUCAUUCUGAUCUGCACGAACCCAUUCCUUUCACUCCGGUUGAAUUGAGGAAGUUCUUCAAUCAGGGUGAUCACGUAAAGGUCCUCGCUGGUCGCCACGUCAACCAGACAGGAUUGGUUAUUCGUUUUGAGCCCAGUCUGGCCGUAGUAUUGUCCGACCACAGUAUGAACGAAAUGAAAGUAGCACCCAAAGAUUUGCGUCUCUGGCAGGAUCGGGCAUCGACAUUGGAUUCAUCUGGCCAUGUUCAAAUGAUGGAUCUUGUCCAAGUUGAUCCGCAAACUGUGGGUGUCGUGGUAAACGUAGAGCCGGAACAGGUCUCCGUCCUUACGUGCUUCGGAAAAGUUGUAAAUUUGAAAUCUAACACAGCUUUGCGUCGUUUGAACACACAACGCCGCCGCCCAGCCCAAGCCAUGGAUCGGAAUGGCAAUCUCAUCCAGGUAAAACAGACAGUAAGACUUUUGGAGAAGCCCCAUUGUGGUCUAAUUGGAGAGGUCAAACACUUGUAUCGUUCGUGGGCAUUUAUAUAUUCCCGAACGCAUCUAGAGAAUGCGGGUUUGGUUGUCGCGCAGACUCGUCAAUUAGCUGUGUUGAACAGUACACAGAAUGCGCCCGAACAACAAAAGGCCGUAAACGACUUCCGAACGAUCACCCCCCUCAAUGGUGCACGAAACGUCGGUUUCGAACAUGACGGUCGCGGGCGUGGUGAUCGUAUGGAACGUAAACUUAUCGGGAAGACGGCAAGAAUAGUUAAGGGCACACUGAAAGGUCUUCUGGGCAUCAUCUGCGACGCAACACCUACUCACGUUGUCCUUGAGUUGCACAGCCAAUUCAAAAAGGUUCCCGUCGCGAGGGAGAAUAUGGCCCUCUUGGACAGCGGUGGCCACAUUAUGGAUACGCAAUACGGCGCUACCACUCCUCGCGUCACUCCUAUGCGCGAAAUGCGCACACCGCAGCUCGCUUACGGAGCACAAACGCCGCACGCUGCCAGCACCACUCCGCGUGGUGAUAGUACUCCGCUACCAAGCGCUUUUAACGCCGGAUUGGCCACUCCGAAACUAAGCAACUUGGAUGACCCAAUGACACCCAAUUCGAGUUUUCUGUGGUCAUCGAGUGAUUUACAUCGCAUUCCAGGUUCUAGUACUCAUUCCUUCUCUGAUAACGAGUAUCCAGACACCAGAAUGACAGUGAACGACCUGCGUGAGAUCGCCUACACAAGCGUGGUUUCUCAUGCUUUGUCUCCGUGUGGACGUCUCCUCGUUUUUGGGACAAAUAUGGGUCGGCUCUUGAUCCAUUUAUUAUCCCCUCAGUACCAUGAUUCUAGCUUUGAGGCGAAACCCAUUGAAUCCAUCACACUGGAAUAUCCUAAGGGCUGGCACGCGCUGUCUACCGUCGGAAAUUUCCUCUUCUGUGGAUUUGGCGAUCAGUUAGCUUGCUACAAAUGGACAGCCGAUGACAAGAGGAUACUGACUUUUCUGAAUAGAACACGUGUUUCCCCAAUUUCCUCCCAUUUUGGCGAUACAAGUAUCACAAGGGUACUCUACCAUACUGAGAUGAACCAGCUGUAUGUGUGUGAUAGUGCAGGAUCAGUUCAUGUCUAUGCAAUAGGUUCAAAUGUGAUUCCUCUCCAUAAAUUUACUGCACAUAAUUCUACUAUCCACUCAAUCUCCUCUGCCGGAUCAAAACAAUUUGUUACUUCUUCGGAGGACGGACUGGUGCGGUUUUGGGACUGUCGCACAAUCGGUCACUCUGAUCAGUGUACAUCUUCCUUCCAACCGCACAAUGAACUCGUUCUAGCGCGACCAAGACUUGGCAAUUGGUUGACAACUGUAGCCUGUGACCCAUCGGACUACAACUGGUUUGUCACUGGAGGUGGCCCUCGUUUGGCACUGUGGAACCGUCGAGUUGGGAAAUAUGUGGUUCCUCUUGUCCCCGAUACUCCAGAAGAAUGGUACCCGCAGACGAGCUUAUUCUCUCUUCCCGGUGAGGAUGUUCGGAUCAUGGCAGGUGGAAAUUCGGGUCGACUAUUUCGAUGGGAUCAUGCUGGUUGUCUUGUGUCCUCGCUUGCUUUAACAGAACCUCCAAGAGCACGAAUAAGUCACGUGAUCGUUGCAGACUCAUUACGGAUUCCGACAGAAGAGUCUAGCACAAAUCCGACUUCAACCUCCAGUGUUAUUGUGGCAGCUGGUGCUGGUCCCGCCAUCCGACUCGUGUCCAUGCUUGGAUAUCCUCUAGGCCUUCUGAGCCUCCGAUAA